AUGAAAUGUAUCAUCCUCAUUUUAUUAUUUUUACCAACCUGCUUUUCAUUUGUUCAAAGUUGUAUAAGGUGCCCAAACGAUAAAGCCAGAGCAAAGAAACCGCCAUGUCUGGAUAAUAUGUAUUUUUAUGUAUGUAGGGGCAGCAACCUUUGCUGUAGUAAGUUAUUUGAAAUAUUUUUGUCGAAGGUAUAAAUUUAUAAUUUUUUACAGUUAACUGAAUGACCCUUUUCUUCACUCUAAUCUAAACUUGAAUAUUGUUUUCAGACGUUGAUCAUGUAGAAUGUUUCGGAGGACACAAAGCUGUUCACAAAGUUGAUGGUAAAUGUGGAAGUGAUCGAAUUGCAACUAAAAUGCAAUUUUUUAACCAAGAAGUUUGUUGUCGUGAGUUAUUUAUUUAGUAAAACGUUGUUAUCUUGUUUUUUAAAUAAAAUUUCAGCUCCAUCUGGUGCAAAAUGUUUUGGAGGAUCAAUAGAUGCGACUGUACCACCCUGCAAGUCUGAUCAGUAUUCACGUCGAAUUGAAAUAAACAACAAAUAUUUAUUGGAUAAAGUUGCACUUUGUUGUCGUAAGUAGAUAUUUUGGGGUUUCAAAAGCAGGGAAUAAUUUGAUUAUUUUUGCAGCGAUGCCUGAAACUAAUUGUCCUGGAAAUGUUCGUCCGACCAAACAACCAUGUAAAGCAAAUCAAUAUUUGAAACAAUUUGGAGAUCAAGAUGAUGAUAUAUUUUGCUGUUGUAAGUUGUUUGAAAUUCAGCGAUUUUUAAUGAUCGUGAUUUGUUUUUCAGCGCUUGAUGCUGUUCAAAAGUGUCCGGAUGGAAGUACUCCUCAUUCACCGUCUAGAGGAAACGAUUAUGAACAUAUUGUAGAUGGUCACAAAUUUUGGUGUGGUCAGUUUCAUUCUUCCAUAAAAAAGUAAACUAAAUACAAAUAAAUUCAAAUUACAGAGCUUUCUGGUUUCAAAUGUCCGCUCAACGAUAUUCCAACAAAUGCACCGUGUUCAGCACACCUGAGCGAAAUGAACAUGCCUGCAGGAGAACAAUUUCUUUUCAAAUUCGAACAGGGACCAGAACUUUGUUGUAGUAAGUCUUAUAAAAAAUGCAUCAGUCAUUCAAAAAAUAUUGUUAUUUUCUAGAUGAUGCAAAAUGCGUGAAUGAAAAACAUCCAAAAGAUCUUCCAUGUGAUGCAAAUCAAUAUGAAAAAGAGUUUAGUGCUUCCCGAAAAGUUUGUUGUGAACUUGAAGAAUUGAAAUGUGUAGAUGGAGAAAAACCAGAAAAACAGUCAUGUACUCCAGAAAGAUAUUUGACUAAUCUAGGAGUUGCGGAAAAUGAACAAGUCUGUUGUAGUAAGUUUUUUGUCCAUCUAUUUUUGCUACAGAAUUAUGAUUUUCAUAAGCCAAUCCGGCCUUUGGAAGAGUAUGGCCUAGAAAACCAAACAAUUUCUCUUGGUUUUCUCUUCCAUCUGAAUAAAAUAUUUCCUUACAGAACUCGAUGGAUUGAAAUGUGUUGCUGGAGAAUCGCCAACAAAUGAGCCUUGUAAUACUGAUCAAUAUAGAACUCUUUUGGGACAUGAACAUCUUUGUUGCCGUAAGUUAAGAACAACCAAACAGCUGUAUAGAACUCUUAUUUUCAGCUCUGAAUGAUUUGAAAUGUAUGGAUGGAGAGAUACCACAAAAACAACCAUGCACUUCUGAAACAUAUUUGACUAAUUUAGGAGCAACUGAUAAUGAAGAUGUUUGUUGUAGUAAGUUCUUUUCAUUUUUUUUAAUUUAGAGUGAAAAUCUUGAAGAACUUGAUGGAUUGAAAUGUGUUGCUGAAGAUGUUCCAACAAAUGAGCCAUGCAAAGAUGAACAAUAUAAAGAUCAUUUGGGAUUUGCUGAUGUUUGUUGUGAUUUUAAUCAACUCAAAUGUGUUAAUGAUAAAGUACCGACAAGAAAACCAUGUGAAGAUAAUCAAUAUGUUAGGAAAUUCGGGGAGAAUAAUGAAUUCUGUUGUGGUGAGUCUGGAAAUUAAGGUUUCAACAAAAAAAACAAUAAUUACAGGCACGGAAAAUAUGAAAUGCCCAGAUGGAAAAGAACUUCGAACAAAACCAAAAAAUAAUGAAGAAAUCGGGAUGGAAUUGAUCAAUGGACAAAUGGUUUAUUGUGGUUGGUUUGAGAUGGCCGAGGCCGAGUUCCCGACAUUUCUCGGCCAUUUGUGUAGUUUUUGAAUUGUAAAUAUAAUAAUUUCAGAUGCAUAUUUCGAAUGUCCAAAUGGAAUUCAAUCAUUUCCCGACUCUGAAACUUACUCAAAUUGUGGAAAAAAUGAUAGUAAUAUCAAACUUCGUCUAAAUUUUGAUGAAUUAUUCAAAAGUGCCUAUUUGUGUUGUGGUAAGAGAUUGAAACUGAAUUCAAAUUUAAAAAAAUAAAUAUUUAUUUUCCAGAGGACCUUAAAAGUUGUCAAAUCACACAAUCUUCUUAUAAAUUUGUGACAAAAGAAGCAAAUGAAUAUGGAUUGACAAAAUCGCUUUUGGCAAAUCAGGAAGUUUCUGGAUAUAUUCAUCAAUUUAUUAAAAAUGAUGGAAAACAGCAAUUUCUUUGUCGUAAGCCCUUUUUUUUCCUCUUGAAAAAUCUCCCCGUUAUUUUCAGCAAUUCCUAUCGGAAAUAUAUGGCUGGAAAUCUAUAAACCUGCUGAAAAUCAAGAAAUCCCAAAAGAAUAUUUGCCAGUCGAUUUUAUUGAUAUGAAUCAGGAGAAAAGUUUGAGACCGUGUCAGAAAAAUGUUGAUUGUAAAGGUCCGAAUCAGUUUUGUGGGGAUUAUACAAGUUUUGCGGAGGAAGAUGGGGCAACUUUGAAAUUUUGCUAUCAAAGUGAGUUGGAUUUUGAAUUUCAAGGGGGGAAAUAUAUUUUAUAGUAGUUUUUUAGUCACUUUUUGUAAAAAAACUGCUAGAAAAAUUCAUUUCCCAUGAAAAAAUCUCAUUUUUUUCCAGAUCCAAUAAUUCCUAUCACAAAAAUCUCAAAAUCAUUCCAAUUCGCUGUCGAUUCACAAGAUUCUGGUCUAAAAUUAUGUGAUUCAAAUUCGGAUUGUUUAAAAAAUGAUAGAAUUUGUUGGAAAAAUGAUAAAAAAUGGAAUGGAAAAAGUGGAAUUUGUAUUGAAAGAAAACCAAUCGCAUUUAUUUAUUCAAGAAUUUUUGAAGAAAAUUCAAAUUUUCAAAAUCAUUUUUAUUUUGCGGUUGAUUUGGAAAAUGGAUGGAAAAAUCGAGAUUUAUUGAAGAAAUGUGUGAAAAAUGAGGAAUGUGAUAUUGAAAAUGGACAAUUUUGUGAUAAUAUUAUUGGAAUAAAUGGAGAAAAAGAUUUGGAGAAUAAAUAUUGUUUUAAAGGUGAGAUCUUAUCCCUUUUUAAAUAAAAAAUCUAGAAUUUUUUAGCUCUCAAAUCACCUUCACCUCUUAUAAAACCAACAAUAAUUCCCACAAUUUCUGGUCUUGUUUCAUGUCAAAAUUGUCAAUUACCAUCAUUUUGUCAUCAACAAAAAGACAUGAAAUAUCUCGAUGAAAAAUCAAUUGAAAUUUCGGGAAUUUGUUGGAAUAGUCAAAUUUGUGCUGAUCAACAAACUGCAUUAUUUUUGGAACCAAAAUGUCAAAAUAAUGAAGAUUGUCAGAAACAACAAACUGAUUCGAAUUGUCAAAAUGGACAUUGUUGUCCAGAAGGUAUGAGGAUUUUUUUUGGGAGUUUUGGGGAUAAUUUGGGGCCCGAAAGGCUUGGAAAACUCAAAAUUCUGAAAUUUAGAUCCAGGAAUCCUGAAAUUAAACAAAAUUCAAGAUAAUUCAGUAGUUCUGACUACAAGGAUUACCGUAAAACUACAGUAAUCCUUGCAGUUUGGAUCUAAAUUUGAGCAUUUUUCGAAACUUUAGGCUUUCUAGGCUGGAAGCAUUGGAAAAUCCAAAAUUUAAUCUGAAAAUUGAGCCCUGAGGGACCUAAAGUUCAAUUUCAGCCCAGAAAGCCUAUCAUUCUGAAUUUCCCUAAUUUUCAGCCAAAAUCUCAUCAGACGGCUCAUUUUCCCAACCCAAACAUCAUUAUAUCACUCAAAGAUCGUGCAAUUCAACAUACAACUUCCAAAUCAAUUUUCCGAAUAGUUUUUGCGACCCAAAAUCUCAAAAAUUAGUUGUAAUUGGAAAAUUCUCAAAACAUGGCGAGAAAUUGAAAUUAUCAUCGAAUUCCAAAAAAUGUGAAAGAAAUAUUGAUUGUGGAACUGGAGAAAAUGAAGAAGUUUGUAUUUUUGAUGGAAAAAUUGGAGAAGGGAAGUGUUAUUUGAAUCCAAUGACUUAUAAAAGUCCACCUGAUGGUUUUCCUAUUAUGGCUGUAAUUGUACCAAUUAUCAUAAUUAUUAUUAUUUUGUCCUUAAUUGCUGGUGGAUAUUUGUAUUAUAAGAAGAGAAUCAACAAAGAGGAAAAGAAUACUGAGAAAUCGAAAAAACAUGAGAAAAAAUCGCAGAAAAAAUCAAUCUCGACUCCAAGUUCUGCCAAUACUCCUGUUUGA